GUUUGGACUCAAUCACAAACUACCUCAUAGUCUGUUUGUUUACACAGGCAGCCCAAUUCUGACCCUUUGCCCCGCGUUGCUGGCAAAACGGCUGACCUGAUUGGUGAAAAUACCAAUUAGUGGGAAAAAGAUCAGAAUUUGGCAGCUACAGACGCAUGAACAUGUAUGAAAUUGAAUAUGCGUUCAUCAAUUGUCUGUUUUUUUGUAAAUUGCUGAACUGAAUUUGGUCUUUCUUUUGUCGUCCAAUUCUCUCUCUGUUGUUCACCAUACGUCAACGGAUGACUGCACCUAAUCGCAUUUGGGAAAUUGAACCAAUGGAAAUGAAGGUCAUUGGCUGACAGCUGUACAUAAUUAGCCAGCCAGUGUUUCUUGGAUUUGUUGCCUGCUAAUUGGAGGGAUAAGUUGUUUUACACUUAAAGGUAACGCUCAUGGGCAUCCUGCCUACACUGGACCUGAACCAACUGGAACCUAUGCCCAAGCAAGUGUGCUGUCUGGUCCAAAUGCUAAAGCUACUGGCCACAAUGCCACUUCAGCGGACGUUACUGGCCACAAUGCCACGUCAACGGAAGCUACUGGCCAAAAUGUCACGUCAGAAGAAGCGUCAGGCCCCGGCGCCUCAGCAGAAGCGUCAGGCCCCGGCGCCUCAGCAGAAGCUUCAGGCCCCGGCGCCUCAGCAGAAGCUUCAGGCCCCGGCGCCUCAGCAGAAGCUUCAGGCCCCGGCGCCUCAGCAGAAGCUUCAGGCCCCGGCGCCUCAGCAGAAGCUUCAGGCCCCGGCGCCUCAGCAGAAGCUUCAGGCCCCGGCUCCUCAGCAGAAGCUUCAGGCCCCGGCUCCUCAGCAGAAGCUUCAGGCCCCGGCUCCUCAGCAGAAGCUUCAGGCCCCGGCUCCUCAGCAGAAGCUUCAGGCCCCGGCUCCUCAGCAGAAGCUUCAGGCCCCGGCGCCUCAGCAGAAGCGUCCGGCGCCUCAGCAGAAGCGUCCGGCGCCUCAGCAGAAGCUUCAGGCCCCGGCGCCUCAGCAGAAGCGUCCGGCCCCGGCGCCUCAGCAGAAGCUUCAGGCCCCGGCGCCUCAGCAGAAGCGUCAGGCCCCGGCGCCUCAGCAGAAGCGUCAGGCCCCGGCGCCUCAGCAGAAGCGUCAGGCCCCGGCGCCUCAGCAGAAGCGUCAGGCCCCGGCGCCUCAGCAGAAGCGACAAGCCUUGAACAGACGGCCUGACCACUCAACUAGGGAGAUCAUUAUUUGGUUUGCCCAACUCCUUAAUCGUCUUUCCCCUGUUACUUUGCCUCCUUUUGAAGAAAAGGUAACUGAGGUGGGGAAAUAUGCCAACUAAUGCGCUUGUUUGAAAUGAGGAUCUCCUUCACUUGCGCAUCGUCAUGCAAAUUGUUUACAGGGGUGAACACUACAAUGUUAUGAAUUGUUUUUAUAACCAUACGACUAAAAUUGACUUCUGAUUUGGCCUGGUGUUCCUGCUACUCUUGCAUGAUUUGUUCAAUAAACAAUUUGACUUUCAAUAUA